AUAAGAUUUGAGUCCGUCGUGGGUAGUUGGAACGGAAUUCACAGAAAAUAAUUCACCAAAGAAGAAAUGACUAAAUACCUGAGAUUCAGACACUGCAGAGGAUUGGCCCUGCUGUUUGUGCUUCUGUGGACGCUAUGCAAGACUGGAUCCGGGCAGAUCCACUACUCAGUGCAAGAGGAACUGGACAAAGGUUCCUUUGUGGGCAACAUCUCCAAGAACCUGGGAUUGGAGCCCUGGGAGCUGGCGGAACGUGGAGUCCGCAUCAUCUCUAGAGGUAGGAAGCAGCUCUUUGCUCUGAACCCGCGAAGCGGCAGCUUGGUCACCGCAAGCAGGAUAGACCGGGAGGAGCUCUGCGCUCAGAGCGCGCUAUGUCUUGUAAAAUUUAACGUCCUUGUAGAAGACAAAUUGAAAAUUUUUGAAGUAGAAAUAGAAAUUAAAGACAUUAAUGAUAAUGCUCCUGAUUUUCUAACAGAGAAAUUGGAAAUAAAAAUUGGCGAACUAGCGGCUCCUGGAACUCGAUUUCCACUUAAGACUGCAUUUGACCCAGAUGUGGGCAUGAACUCCCUUCAGAACUACCAUCUCCGCCCCAAUGACUACUUUUCUCUGACUGUGAAGCAUGUCUCUGAUGGGACCAAGUACCCAGAGCUGGUGUUGGAGAGGGCUCUGGACCGUGAACAAAAGAAAGUUCAUCAGCUUGUCCUCAUUGCUUCUGAUGGUGGGAAUCCUGUCCACUCUGGCAGCUUGUACAUCCAAGUGAUAGUUUUGGAUGCAAAUGACAACCCACCAGUAUUUACUCAAUCUGAGUAUCAAUUAAGUAUUCAAGAGAACUUGCCAGUGGGUACCACACUGCUCACAGUGAAUGCCACUGACCCUGAUGAAGGAUUCAAUGCUCAAGUGUCCUAUAUUCUAGAUAAAAUGCCUGGGAAAGUCACUGAGAUUUUUUAUCUCAAUUCAGUGACUGGAGAUAUAUCAAUAUUAAAAAGUCUAGAUUAUGAGGAUGCUAUGUUCUAUGAAAUUAAAAUUGAAGCACAAGAUGGACCUGGUCUCCUUUCAAGAGCUAAGAUUUUAGUCACAGUUCUGGAUGUGAAUGACAAUGCCCCAGAAGUAACAAUCACUUCUCUUACUGAAUCAGUCCCAGAAGAGGCUACUGCUGGAAGAGAAAUUGCCCUUAUCAAUGUGCAUGACCGAGAUUCUGGGCAAAAUGGACAAGUCACAGUUUUUGUCCUGGGAAAUGUGCCAUUUAAUUUAGAAAAAUCAAUAGACCAGUAUUACCGCUUAGUGACAGCCAGAUCUCUGGAUCGUGAACAGGUGUCUGAAUAUAACAUCACUCUCAGAGCCACAGAUGGAGGAAGCCCCCCACUGUCCACGAACAUUCAUAUCACUCUGCAUGUUGCAGACAUCAAUGACAACCCACCUGCUUUCAGUCAGGCCUCGUAUUCAGCCUACAUUCCCGAAAACAAUCCCAGGGGAGCUUCCAUCUUCUGUGUGACCGCCCAGGAUCCCGACAGCAUCCAGAACGCCCACAUCACUUUCGCACUGACUGAGGAUACCAUCCAGGGGGCGCCUCUAUCCACUUAUGUCUCCAUCAAUUCCGACACCGGUGUCCUGUAUGCUCUCCGUUCCUUUGACUACGAGCAGGUUAGAGACCUGCAGCUAUUGGUGACAGCCAGUGACAGUGGGAACCCAGCCCUCAGCAGCAAUGUGUCACUGAGCAUAUUCGUGCUGGACCAGAACGACAAUGCUCCAGAAAUCCUGUAUCCCGCUCUCCCCACUGAUGGUUCCACAGGCGUGGAGCUGGCGCCCCGAUCAGCAGAGCCCGGCUACCUGGUGACCAAGGUGGUGGCGGUGGACAGAGACUCUGGCCAGAACGCCUGGCUGUCCUACCGUCUACUCAAGGCCAGCGAGCCAGGGCUCUUCACGGUGGGGCUGCACACGGGCGAGGUGCGCACUGCACGGGCCUUGCUGGACAGAGAUGCGCUCAAGCAAAGCCUAGUGGUGGCGGUGCAAGACCACGGCCAGCCCCCUCUCUCGGCCACCGUCACGCUCACUGUGGCCGUAGCUGACAACAUCCCAGACGUCCUGGCCGAUCUGGGCAGCAUCAGGACCGCCGCCAACCCAGAAGAUUCUGACCUCACACUGUAUCUGGUGGUGGCGGUGGCUGCAGUCUCCUGCAUCUUUCUGGCCUUUGUGAUCGUGCUGCUGGGACUCAGGCUGAGGCGCUGGCACUCGUCCCGUCUGCUCCAGGCUGCGGGGGUUGGAUUGGCUGGCGUGCCCGCCACGCACUUCGUGGGCGUGGAUGGGGUGCGAACUUUCCUGCAGACCUAUUCCCAGGAGGUCUCCCUCAGGGGGGACUCCCGGGAGAGUCACGUGAUCUUCCCGCAGCCCAACUAUGCGGACACGCUCCUCAGCGGAGAAAGCUGUGGGAAAAGCGAGUCUUUCCUGGUAUCUCAAGAUUUACUGGAAACGAAAGGAGACACCAACCUACUCGAGGUAGGUUUAUUUCUUUAUUGGAAUAUUAUAAAGAACAGGUAUGCCAGUGUGAUUUUAUAA